AUGCUGGGGCACCUGUCUACUUCUACGAGUUUCAACACCGGCCCCAGUGCUUGAAGGACACAAGGCCGACUUUCGUCAAAGCCGAUCACUCUGAUGAAAUCCGCUUUGUAUUUGGAGGUGCCUUCCUGAAAGGCGACAUUAUCAUGUUCGAAGGAGCCACCGAGGAGGAGAAAUUGCUGAGCAGGAAGAUGAUGAGAUACUGGGCCAACUUUGCUCGGACCGGGGACCCUAACGGGGAAGGCCUGCCUCUGUGGCCAGCCUACAGUCAGAGCGAGCAGUACCUGAAGCUGGAUUUGAACAUGAGCGUGGGACAGAAACUGAAGGAGCAGGAGGUGGAGUUUUGGUCAGAUACCCUCCCCCUGAUUAUGUCCACUUCCACAGCCCUCCCUGGUCCUCCUUCCUUACUCUCCUUUUCUCUGUUCCUGCCUUUAUUCUUCUCUGCUCCUUGAGAAAUUGUGUGUGAUUUUAGUUUUCCUUCUUCUGCAAUUUCCCCCACGAUCAUUAGCUCCAUUUUUGUGUUUAGCUACUUUGUGAAAUCAGCUGCUUUUACUGAUGUUUUAUGGACGUGGGGAGGAUCCCUAGGGGACUUCUUUUCUAUAUCAAACAACGCUGCUUGUCUUGGAAUGCUACCAGAUCUCUUCAAUAAAUCUGCAGGAGGGCCAGCCUAUUGGUUGGCAUCAUAA